AUGCUAGCAUGGUCCGUCGAACUAUCCCAAUUCGACAUCAAGUUCGAACCCCGAUACGCAAUCAAAGCACAGGCCAUGGCCGACUUCAUCGCAAAAAUGACCCCAGGAAACAUCCCUCCCGAGGCAUGGAAACUACACGUCGACGGCUCCUCGAACCUCACUUCCGGAGGCGCCGGAGUCAUUCUGGAAAGCCAAAACGGCGUCGUGAUCGAACAAUCAGUCAGAUACGACUUCCCGGUCUCAAACAACCAAGCAGAAUACGAGGCCCUCCUGGCAGGCCUAACCCUAGCCAGCGAAGUCGGGGCAAAAAUCCUGGAGAUCAACACGGAUUCGCAAGUAGUCAGUUCCCAAAUCAACGGAGACUACCAAACGCGAGAUCCCCUACUACAACAAUACCUCGCCAAGGUCAACAAACUAAAAGGAGAAUUCGACCAGAUAAUCAUACAGCACGUCCCAAGGGAAAGAAACGCCAGAGCCGACCUCCUCUCUAAACUUGCUAGCACCAAACCAGGACACGGCAACAAAUCGCUAAUUCAGGAAGUCGUCAAAACGCCGUCCGUAUCCUUAACAGCCGACACCCACCUAACACACUCCCACCACAAGUCAUGGACCCACCCCAUCCUACAAUACCUCCUCAACAGGGAACUGCCCGAAGACCCUAAAGAGGGAAAACGAAUAAAAAGGGAGGCCGCCGGUUAUACGGUUGUCGCAGGACAACUAUACAAAUGCGGACUCUCGCAACCCCUGCUCAAAUGCGUCGAGCCCGGGAGCACGGAAUACAUACUACGCGAAAUCCACGAAGGCUGUUGCGGCCACCACGUCGGAGGUAAAACCCUUGCCCAAAAAGUCAUCCGCGCCGGCUACUUCUGGCACACGAUCAUCCGGGACUCCAUGCAACUAGUGAAAAACUGCGAUAAAUGUCAACGACACGCUAACAUCCACCAAGCCGCCCCACAUCAGCUCAGCAUCAUAUCGGCAGAACGGCCAUUCGGCACCUGGGGGAUCGACCUUGUCGGACCUUUUCCCACGGCACCAGGCCAACUCCGAUAUCUCAUCGUUGCCAUAGACUAUUUCACCAAAUGGAUCGAGGCCGAGCCGCUAGCCUCUAUCACGGCGAUCCAAUGUCGAAAAUUCCUUUGGCGACAAAUCAUCACCCGAUUCGGGAUCCCCGAGAUCAUCAUCUCGGACAACGGAACCCAGUUCGCCGACACCAAAUUCAAGGAAUUCCUAAACGGGCUACGCAUAUCCCACCACUUUAGCUCGGUAGAACACCCCCAAACAAACGGACAAGUGGAAUCAGCAAACAAAAUAAUAGUCAAAGGCCUCAAGAAACGACUCGACGAAGCCAAAGGACUAUGGGCAGACGAACUCAGAUCGGUCUUAUGGUCAAUUGGAGACAGGGGUCGAAGGAGACGAGGAUCCCUCCUCCCGACCCAUCGCCGCCUUCAACCUAGCCAGAGAAGUCAGCCCACCAGCCAUCUCAACUGA